AUGGCUGUGCGCCCCUUUGUGAUGCUCAAAGCCUCUUUCGCCUUUCAUGCAUAUUCACGUGGUUUGCCUAACGGGUUGGUCCAAUACGUUUGUGGGCUAAAACUAAUUGAACAGGCUGGAGCAAACAGAGACAGCUUGCCGGCCCUGUUAAACCGGGACGGGAUACGAGACACGAUGUUCACCCAAUGGUUUGCGCUAAACAACAGAGAUGAAGCGGCAAGAGAGUUAACGUACGCCGAGAUACCAACAAGGUAUGUGUGGCAAGAGGAUAACAAGGUAUGGAAAACGCGGUUGGAGCGGAUAGCCAUUGGGCAGAUUGUGUAUUGCAAUCCAGCAGUUGGGCCAAAGUAUUAUCUAAUAAUGUUGUUGGGAAUUGUAAGAGGGCCUCAAAGUUUCGAAGAAAUAAAAACGGUCGACGGAGUCGUAUAUGCAACGUUCAAAGAAGCCUGCUAUGCUUAUGGCUUGCUUAAUGAUGACAAGGAGUGGAAUGACGCCCUGUCAGAGGCUAGAUUAUGGGCGUCCGGUUCCCAACUACGGGAAUUGUUUGUUACCAUGUUGUUGUUUUGCGAAGUGAAUCGCCUGGCGCAACUCUGGGCACAAAAUUGGGAGAUACUAUCUGAUGAUAUUUUGUACCUGAAACGUAGGCUCUUCAUGUUCCCAGGGUUACAUUUAUCUGACGACCAGCUUAAGAACUACUGCCUGAUCGAACUAAAUGAACUAUUGGAGAAAAAUGGAAAAUCGUUAUCGGAUUUCACAGAUAUGCCCCAACCGGAUAUGUCGCUCCUCGAUAAGAUGGAUAAUCGUCUAAUUAGGGAAGAGUUGAGUUACAAUAAAAAAAAGAUGACAGACGAACACGAUCGAUUAUAUGCAUCACUGAACACGAAACAAACGGUCAUAUACGACAUAAUCAUUGAUUCUGUUACCACCCGAAAAGGCGGGUUCUAUUUCGUGUAUGGUCCGGGAGGGACAGGCAAGACGUUCCUGUACAAAGCCAUUCUGUCACGCUUAAGAUCUAUGGGCAUGAUUGCCCUUGCGGUUGCAUCUUCGGGUAUCGCGUCCCUUCUAUUACCCGGUGGUCGGACAGCUCAUAGCCGCUUCGCUAUCCCUUUAGAAUUACUUCACAAUAGCACGUGUGCCAUCAAACAAAAUACCCAAUUGGCACACCUGUUACAAGAGGUAAGGUUAAUCAUCUGGGACGAAGCACCAAUGAUGCAAAAAUAUGCUUUUGAAGCACUUGAUAAAACACUUAGAGAUAUCUUGGGGUUUCCUGCCUACGCAAACAGGGAACGCGUGUUUGGUGGCAUGCCUGUUUUGCUUGGUGGUGAUUUCAGACAAAUCCUGCCCGUCAUCCCAAAAGGAAAAAGAGAAGAUGUUGUUCAGGCAUGCAUAAAUAAAUCGUAUCUGUGGAAAAGUUGUAAACUCUUCAGGCUCCACCGUAGUAUGCGUGUCAACGAAUACACCUCAGCAGGUGUGCUAGACAUGGAUAGGCAACGUUUCAACAAAUGGUUGUUAGAAAUCGGCGAUGGAAUUGUUCCUUCAAAGACCAAAGAAGGUGAGGAUGAGCCAACCUGGAUCGAGAUACCCACCAGGUUCAUCGUAGAUGGUUGUGGCCUUCCUGUGGAAUCGAUUGUUAACGCUGUCUUCCCGUCGUUUACAGAAAGGCAGGUUGAUGACGAUUAUUUAUGUGAAAGAGCAAUACUAACCCCGCGCAAUAUAGACGCGGACGAAAUCAAUGAUUACAUGUUUGCACAACUGAGACGGCCCACAAAGACCUACAAGAGUUAUGAUGAGAUAUGUCGCGCGUCCACGGAUGUAUUAGAACAGGAACAACUCUAUCCGUCUGAAUUCCUAAACUCUUUGACAUUCCCAGGUAUGCCACCGCACGCUUUGCAUUUAAAAGAAGGCCUCCCUAUCAUGCUUUUAAGAAAUGUGAACCCCUCGCAAGGAUUAUGUAAUGGCACCCACCUUAUUAUAACAGACCUUGGGAAAUUUGUUAUCAAGGCUAGAAUACUUACUGGGUCUAAUCGUGGAGAUACUGCAUUAAUACCGAGGAUAACCCUUUCAUCCACGAAAUCAAAAUGGCCAUUUAUUAUGAAAAGACGCCAGUUCCCAGUGAAACCAUGCUAUGCAAUGACCAUUAAUAAAAGUCAAGGCCAAUCAUUAAAAGUCGUUGGUCUGUAUUUGCCUCGGCCUGUGUUUAGCCAUGGUCAGCUAUAUGUCGCGCUUUCAAGGGUUACGACACCUGAAGGUUUAAAGAUUGUCAUCGUCGGGAAUGACAACGGUAGCAUGAAAAACCAUACCAGAAACAUCGUUUAUAAAGAGACGUUUAACAAUUUGGCGACAUCAGAUGAGACACAAUAA